CCCGCCUCGCCGCGCGGGGGCACCGCUGUCAUCCUGGACAUUUUCCGCCGCGCGGACAAAAAUGACGAUGGGAAGUUGUCCUUGGAGGAAUUCCAGCUCUUCUUUGCAGAUGGUGUCCUCAACGAGACAGAACUGGAGGAUCUCUUCCACACGAUCGACUCUGACAACACCAACCACGUGGACACCAAGGAGCUGUGUGACUACUUUGUGGACCACAUGGGGGACUAUGAGGACGUCUUGGCCUCCCUGGAGACCUUGAAUCAUUCUGUCCUGAAGGCCAUGGGCUACACCAAGAAGGUGUAUGAGGGAGGAAGCAACGUGGACCAGUUUGUGACCCGCUUCCUCCUGAAGGAAACGGCCAGUCAGAUCCAGUCGCUGCUGAGCUCUGUGGAGAGUGCGGUGGAGGCCAUUGAAGAGCAGACCAGCCAGAUCCGCCAGAACCAUGGCAGAUCCGGCCCUGGCAUGGUGCAGACCUGGUAUGGAAGCCCCCCUGUCCCCUACACCCCCAGCCACAAGCUUAUGGCCACGGAACAAGAGAGGAGCGUGCAUUCUGUGACCUCAGACCCCAAGGAGGAGGGCCUGGAAGCCCAGAUCAGCCGUUUAGCAGAGCUAAUAGGACGGCUGGAGAGCAAGGCCCUCUGGUUUGACCUGCAGCAGCGCCUCUCAGAUGAAGAAGGGACCAACAUGCAUCUGCAGCUGGUCCGACAGGAGAUGGCCGUGUGCCCUGAGCAGCUGAGCGAGUUCCUGGACUCCCUGCGACAGUACCUGCGGGGCACCGCUGGAGCCAGGAACUGCUUCCACAUCGCCGCUGGGAGGCUCUCGGACGGCUUCACCUUCGUGGUAUACGAGUUCUGGGAGACAGAGGAGGAAUGGAAGAGGCACCUGCAGAGCCCCGUGUGCAAGGCGUUCCGGCACGUCAAGGUGGACACACUGAGCCAGCCAGAGGCCCUCUCCAGGAUCUCAGUGCCAGCUGCCUGGUGCACGGUGGGCCGAGACUGACCAGCUCCCCAACGCCCUACGGAUGAUCCUGGCACCCUGCUCUCUCUCCUUAUGAAGGACAUCCCUUCUUUUCUAGAAACUUUGGUAUAUGAGCUGUCUUUUUCAUAUACUUCCAAACAAGAAUGUAUUUUCCCACUGUUAGACAUGAAGGCGAACCCCCUUCCCCAGCAUCCCCACACCUCCCACCCUUGUUGGCAGAGCAGCUCUGAGCUGCUGCGGCCCUGCUGAAGCCAGAGCCUGUGGUGAUGGUGACAGGGAGGGUUCCUGGAGCCAGCUCCCUUACCCGAAUCCAAUGGCCAUGCAUGUCCAGCCCCCACCACACCCACCUACUCUGGCCUCAGCAAGACUCACUCCGCCACAGGCACCCCACCUCUCCCUCCAUCUCCCCCAUUCCUGUCUACAUUCCUCUACCUGAUAGGAGCCAAGACCCUGUAGUGCCCAACUAGGCCUGUGCCAAGUCUGCACGCGGCAGUAGAGCCCACAUAGCCAGUGCCACAUUAGGCAAACAGCUGCCGCAACAAGCACCAAAUAAACUCCAGUUGGAAACAG